AUGUCGAUUGGCUCGGUCAGAUCUGGAAGAAUACAAGACAAUUCUCCCAUUAUUGCUAGUUGUAACGGCCCUCGCAGUACCGAAGUGACGAUCGAGACUGCUGCACCGGUUUCUAGUCUAGGUCUCGUUACAUUACCUCCAACUCGCACCUACCCCUUCGAUCUCGUCUUUGGCCCAGAAGCUGACCAGGCGAUGAUAUACAAUGAUGUCGUUCACCCUCUACUCGAUGAAGUGCUGCAGGGAUAUAAUUGUACGCUAUUUGCAUAUGGGCAGACAGGUACCGGAAAGACGUACACGAUGCAGGGAGAUCUAAACCCGACUCCAAUGGGCAAUCCCUCUGCGAAUGCGGGAAUGAUCCCCCGUGUACUGUUCCGCCUUUUUCACCAGCUCGAGUCGUCUGUGGCCGACUAUAGCGUGAAGAUAUCGUACGUGGAACUCUACAACGAGGAGCUCCGGGACCUGCUGGCACCCGAGCUUGCAGCUCCUUCGGGGACUGUCCAGCCUAUGGGACUAGGCGGUCCGAAGGACAACAACCAAGCAGGUCUCAAGAUAUUUGAAGAGUCUAACAAGAAAGGCGUCUUCAUUCAGGGAUUGGAGGAGCCGUCCGUCAAGGAUGCUGCUGACGCGUUGUCGUUACUCGCAAAGGGCAGCCAUCGCAGACAAGUAGCCGCUACCAAGUUCAACGACCACUCCAGUCGUUCGCAUUCCGUAUUUUCCAUCACCAUCCAUACAAAGGAGACGUCCUCGAUGGGUGACGAUCUGCUCAAAGUCGGGAAACUGAACUUGGUUGAUCUGGCUGGCUCUGAAAAUAUCGGACGCUCGGGCGCUGAGAACAAGAGAGCGAGGGAAGCCGGAAUGAUAAACCAAAGUCUCCUCACCCUUGGACGAGUGAUCAAUGCGCUCGUCGAUAAGUCAUCGCACAUUCCUUACAGGGAAUCUAAACUUACGCGGCUUCUGCAAGACUCCCUUGGUGGGCGAACUAAAACUUGUAUUAUCGCCACGAUCUCCCCUGCGCGGUCGAACAUGGAGGAGACGCUCUCCACCCUCGACUACGCUAUGCGAGCCAAAUCUAUCCGCAAUCGGCCCGAGGUCAACCAGCGUAUGACUCGCAAUUCGCUGCUAAAAGAAUACGUCGCGGAGAUCGAGCGGCUCAAGUCCGACUUGCUAGCAGCCAGGGAAAAGAACGGUAUCUUCUUCUCCGAGGAGACGUGGAACCAGAUGACGGCCGAAAAUGAAUUACGACAGACAGAAAUCGAAGAAGCGAAGAAGCAGGUGGAGAUUGUCGAGGGACAGAUGAAGGCAGUGCGCGAAGAGUUCGAGCAGAGUAUUGCUCUUCUGAUGAGGAAGGAGGGCGAAUUGAAGGAAACGAGGGAGAAACUUAGGGGUACGGAGGAGGAGCUGCAAACGACGACCGGGCAGUUGAGAGCAGCUAAAGGAGCCCUCGAGGAGGAAGUCGUGGUUCGGCAGGCGUACCAGAGCAGCGAGGCUGCGCUUGACGAAGUCGCCCGUGGACUCAAAGGUGUUGCAUCCGACUCCAUCAAGGAUUUGGGACGCCUGUUUGAGAAGCUCGAACGUAAAUCAGAGGUUCUUGGGUCCAACUCUCAGGCGGUUCAGACUCACACAAAAGCCAUUUCGGGAGACUUGCAGGGCUUGGAGUCCAGUCUCGCGGACCUGCUAAAGACUUCUGGCGAGCGGACGUCACGCCUGAAGACCCUGAUCGACCAGUAUCGCUCGAAGGAGCUGCAGUCACUUUCUAGUCAGUCCAAAGCAAUUGAGGAACAAGUCAAGCGAUUCCAGAGUUCAGUGCAAAUACUGGAGGCUAAAGAGGAAGUAUCCUCGGAAGCCGUGAAAGCGCUGGAGGCUGGAAUUGCAUCGUUAUUGGGCAACCUUAAGACCUCAUGGCAGACUUGGACUCAGGAAGUGCACAGUAGCCACGAAGAAUUGUCCAAGGGAUUGAGCGCGAGCACUUUGCAUACCACGAAAUCUGUCGAGAAUGUUAUGUUAUCGUUGCAUACGCUCCUCGAGAGGACCAUCUCGGAGGCGCAUGCAUUCAUCGAGUCGGAGCGGACGACCCUGACCGAGGUCAAAACGAUGACAGACGCCACUUCCACAAGAGAGAUCGCGCGGCUACGGGAACAGAACAAGUUGUUCGCGAAGUUACUUGAGUCGGAGAAGGCGAAAUCUCAGCGUGCUCAAGACGAACUGUUGGAACGCGUCUCCGGACUUAUCACGUCCUUCGCGGCGGAGCGAGACCGCAGUCUCAGGGCUUCCUUCUCCCAACUACAGACGGAGAAUGCUGCCGCUGAAGCUGGCGUGACGCAAUUCAAUGAUGAGGUCGGCCGGAAGGCGGAAGAGCGUGUCAUUGCCGGUAAAGAGUGGCGCGUCGGUCUAGAGAGAAGAGAGUCGGAGGGCAAGCGUGCUAGAGACGGCACGUUGAAGACAUUGAGCUCAGUCAAUGCAUCGAUUACGAAUGGUCUGUCAGAAAUGCAGAGUUCCAUGUCGACCAGCUUCGCAUCGUACUCGAGUAAUUUGCAACGUGAAACACAGUCCGUGCAAGCGAGUUCGAAUACAGCAUUGGAUCGGAUACACAGAGCGAAGCGUGCCCGGCUGGAGACCACAAACUCUAUGGGUACCGACAUUCAAUCCAGUUUCCGGUCCUUGCAGCGCGGAGUGGCUGGUACUUCAAGAAAUAUCGAGACAAUGUCAGACCAGGUUUCGUCUGAGACAACGUCUAUCAGAGAUACAACCGCUGCGUACCAUGCGGCAGCCACGGAGCGAUUGGCUUCUGCUCGUCAGUCGGCUUCAGUGCUGUUGGACAAAGGUACGAGAAGGGAUACGCCUACCGGCACUACCCCGCGGAAGCGGAGUUGGUCAUAUAAGGACCAGUGGGAGACGACGAAGGACAGAGAAGCGGUUCUCAAGUCGUGGCGUCAGCGUAAUAUUUCAGAGGCUGGCAACGAGACCUUCUUAGCGGAACAUCUCCCCCUGCCAUCGGAAAGUGGAGAGUCGGAUGGAGCGGUCGUCGUAUUGGCAGGAGGCGGAUACCCUAGAGCUGCAGCACCUUUUGCCGGGACUUGCAUAACUUAUUCUUUAGUGUAUUCAUAG